AUGUGUUCAAUCAAGAUCCCUUCAGGGCAUAGUGUGAGUAUCACCGACGAAUGUCUCGACGCAUUCCAAGUCCUACGCAGUGGACGUGGCUGCAAUAAGCUCCAAUAUUUGAUUUUCAGAAUCGCCGAUGAUGAAUCGUCUGUGGUGGUCGAAGAUUCCUCCUCUGAGCCUAAUUACGAGGUUUUUCGUCGGAAGCUAUCAUCGGCAGUAGAUGGUCAAGGACGACCGAUGCCGAGGUACGGGGUAUACGACGUAGAGUAUGAUCUUGGUCAAGAUGGGAAAAGGGCCAAGACGGUCUUCUUCACAUGGGUCCCACAGAACACCCCAUUGAAGCUGUGCAUGAUGUAUGCCAGCACCAACGAACAACUGAAGAAUGCGCUGAAUUUGAAGAUCUUUAUCCAUGCGGAUAGUGCCGACGAGUUGGAAUGGAAGAAUGUAUUGAACCAAGCAAGCGGAGGGAGAGUAUAA